UUUUUAUUUUUUUUCCUCUCUUCUUCAUUUAAUGCCAUUGUUGUCAUUCACGAUCUCAUCUCUUUUAUAAUAAAAAUAUAUUUCCAUGACAUCACACCCUUUACUGUGCCGAGUACAAGCACUUUAUCCUUUUGAAUCAGACGAUCCUUCUUCUUUAAAAUUUGAAGAAGGAGACUUUAUAGACGUUCUAACAAAAUUACCUUCUGGUUGGUGGGAUGGAUGGUGUAAUGGAAAUCGUGGCUGGUUUCCUAGUAACUAUGUAAAAACUGUCGAAGACUAUAGUAACACAGAGCUUGUGUAGGAGAUAAUGAAAUAGAGACUAAUAGACGAACCUCAUUACCGCCCAAUUGGUCUAUUCAACAACGAGAUAAUGGGACCGCAAACUAUUAUUUAAACACGAUAACAGGAGAAAUGCGUUCAACUUUUCCUUAUGAUGACUCUAAACCAAUCUAUGAUGACGAUGACGAUGACGACGACGACGACGACGACGAUGACAACGACGGCGAUGAUGAUGAUGACAAUGAUGAUGAUGACGAUGAUGAUGAAUCGUAUGAUGGAUCAGCCA